AUGGAAAUGGUUGAAAAAUGCCGUGAAAUCGAACAAGCUUCUCGCAUAGCUUUCAAUAUUAUGAUUGAUGAAAAAAAACAAAGAGCUGCAGAAGUUACCGAAGAAUCUCGGCAAUUGAAAGCUCAAUUGAUAAAGCAAAGAGAGAAUGAAAUUCAAAGAAAAAUCAAAUUAAUCCAAGAAAUUAGAACAAUUCAAUCUUUACGAGAAUUAUCCUUUAAGGAUUUCGAUCCAACUGAAACAAAUGGCUUCGGUCUUCUUUGCGAAAUGUCUUUGAUGGAACUAAAAGAGAGAUUAUUUUGGAUGAAAAUGAAAUUAGACGAAGAGAUCAAAAAUAGAAAAUGUAUCAUUAAUCGAGAACGUGAAAGGCAGAAAAAUUUAAUCAGAGAUACACGCAAAGCACUCGAAGAAUAUAAAGCAAAUAAAUAUGACAAAUCAUUAUCAAAACCACAACAACAAUUUCAACAUAUUACUUCAUCAAAAAUAGAUGCAUUGCGUAAAAAAGUGGAAGAACGAAAAGCUUUAAGAUUAGAAAAGAAAGGAGAUAAGAAACUAAUUUGA